CGCUGGCAGUGAGGGACGCGGUGCAGCGCAGGGCACCGCCCAGUGGUCGCUGGGGUUGCUGCCUUGCCCCGCGGCUGCUGCUGCACAGCGUAUGCCGGAGGAUGACACGGGACGUGGAAGGAGGACACGGCUGUUACUGGGGGUUCCCUGGGGGCCGCAGGACCCCUCGCAGCCAGCGGAGCUUCUGCCACAUCCACGUAGCCGAGCACCUGUCCUGCCUCGGCCCCACCUCCCUGGGCAGCCGAUGGCCGGUGCUGGCCCACGGCCCCCGGUGAAGACGAGAUGGGGAAACCGCGGGGCCUCUUCUGCCCUUUUCCUCUGGGAUAUCCCCCUUCCCAGCUUUCCAAGGGGUUUCCCAUCUCCCGGAGUCCUGCCCUCUGCUCCAGGAGCACGGGGGUCAGUUUAAUGAGUUAACGCUGGCGCAGCAGUUCUGGAGGGAUAAGUGCUGUGUAAGCACUGAGGCUCCCGUUUUGGGCUUCCAGCGGCCCGGCUCCGCUGCCCAGAGCACCGAUAACCGCCCGGGGCACAAAGGGCCGGCUCAGACCGACCCCUGAGGGCAGAGGGGACUCUAUGAAGAGACAGUGAAACUCCAGCCUUGGAGCGAGGCAGCUCAAGUGGCCGAGGGGGUGGUGAGGGCAGGGGCAGACUCUCGGCAUGGCUCGGCCAAGCAGGAUUUUCGCUAGGGAUCCCCUGGAUGAGGAGCUGCCCGUAUUUCCCGUGAGGGGAGCAGGAUGAUGGCGUGGGCGCUCAUGGGGACACUCCGGCAGUGCCCAUCUCGGUGCUGCGACCCUGGAGCCAGCCAAGCUGCCGCUAACGCACGGAGCAAGGCCAUCCAGAGGCAUUUCCUGCGGAGCCAGUGCUGCCUGGCUUGGGGUCGGGGCAAUCCUGAGGGUCUGCGGCUUCUCUGCUCAGGUUCAUGUUACAGAUGGCCAAGAACCAGCCCCCAGCAGCACCCCCGGCCCGGGUCUACACUGAAGCUGGGAUAGCACUGGCAGAAACUUCGUAACACAGACUGGGAGUCCCCAACAGCCCAGGGCCUCCCGGACACUGCCAUUUGCACAUGUGCUCCUCACACGGGGGCUGCCGGAGAGAUCCACGGCUGCGGCUGCGUGUGCAGGACGCGGGGAGCGGUGUUUUCGGGGCGAGGAAGGCUCCGUGUCCAGCCUAGAGCUGAGGUGGCCAGGCGAGCCGCUGUCUGUGCCGGUGCUGGCAGCCAGCCGGGCUCGGCGGGACACAGACCUGCAUCCUCCCCGUCCGUCCCGCUGUCUCCUCCCAGCUGUGAGCCCGCAAGGAGUGGCAGCUGGGGGCUAUAUAAAGGCAGGGAAACCUCAGCCAGCUCAAGAGAAAGUCUUGGAGCGGGUGGUGUUCUCCCUCCUUCCUGCCUUCACGUGAAUCAGCUUCCCCACGCCGGGAGCCGAGGACAAGCCGCGCUGUGCGAGAUGGCUGCCGGUGGCUGCCUCCUUCUCCUUCUUCUACCCUCGCUGGUCGCAGCCUUGCACAGCCCUCCUGGCUGUAAGAUCCGGAUUACUUCCAAGGGGCUGGACCUGGUGAAGCAGGAGGGGCUGCGCUUUGUGGAGCAGGAGCUGCAGAACAUCACCGUGUCAGACCUGCAUGGGAAUGAGGGGCAGUUCCAGUACAACAUCAGCCAGGUCAAGGUGACAGACCUGCAGCUGGCCUUUUCAGACCUGAACUUCCAGCCCCAGCAGCACCUUGUCUUCAACAUCAACAAUGCUUCCAUUAGCCUACGCUUCCGCAGGCAGCUGCUCUACUGGUUCUUCUACGACAUUGGGUCCAUCAAUGCCUCUGCGGAUGGUGUCCACAUCUACACAGUGCUGCAGCUGGCCAAGGACGAGGCUGGGCGCCUCAAAAUCUCCAAUAUGACCUGCAACGCCUCCAUAGCAAGAAUGCAUGCUGGCUUCUCUGGCACACUCAGGAAGGUCUAUGAAUUUCUGAGCACCUUCAUCAUCACGGGGAUGCGCUUCCUUGUCAGCCAGCAGAUCUGCCCAUCCCUGGAGCAUGCCAGCCUGGUGCUGCUGAACUCUUUGCUGGACACAGUGCCUGUGAGAAACUAUGUGGAUGAGCAUAUCGGGAUUGACUAUUCCCUCCUACGGGAUCCGUCCAUCUCCACUGACACCCUUGAGCUUGACUUCAAGGGCAUGUUCUUCCCCCGGGUGAGAGAGGAUCAGGAGCUGGAGAACCACGCGGUGGAGCCGGUGAUCAAGGAGACUGAACGCAUGGUUUAUGUUGCCUUCUCUGAGUACUUUUUUGACUCAGCCAUGCACUCGUACUUCCAGGCAGGAGUACUGACCAUAGAGCUCCAGGGGGAGAAGGUUCCCAAGGACCUGGAGGUUUUGCUGAGAGCCACAUUCUUUGGGACCAUCUUCAUGCUGAGCCCUUCUGUGGAUGCUCCGCUGCGGCUCGUGCUGCAGGUCUCUGCUCCCCCCCGCUGCACCAUCAAACCCUCGGGGACCUCAGUCUCUGUCUCUGCUUUCCUGAACAUCUCACUGGUGCCCCCGGACCGCCCACCUGUCCAGCUCUCCAGCAUGGCCAUGGAAACCAAGCUGAGUGCCAAGGUGUUUCUGCAAGGGAAGGCGCUGCGUGUGCAGCUGGACCUACGACGGUUUCGCAUCUAUUCCAAGCAGUCAGCGCUGGAGUCGCUUGCGCUGUUCUCACUGCAGGCCCCACUGAAGACCCUGCUGCAGCUGACCAUCAUGCCCAUCAUUAACGAGAGGACAAAGAAGGGGGUGCAGAUCCCACUGCCCGAAGGCAUGGACUUCACCAGGGAGGUGGUCACCAAUCACGCGGGAUUCCUCACAGUGGGAGCUGAUCUCCACUUCUCCAAGGGGCUGCGGGAGGUGAUUGAGAAAUACCGCCCGGUGCCGACUGCCGCUGCCUACUCCAGCUCCCGGCCCUCAGAGCCCAGCCUGGACCCCAGCUCACUCUAGCUCUCCUCCCUGGACCAAGGGCAGAUCCCGGGCUGGACCCAUAGACUGUAGGUAGGAAGCAGCUUCCCUGGUACCACCAGCACAUUGUCAGGGUAUCUAGGCCCUGGUGGGGGCGCAGCAAGGUGGAGAGGGUGCUCUGGGAAUCCCUGCUGCAGCCCUGCUCAUCACACUAAUAAACCACCUGACUUCUAA